AUGACUAGGGCUAAUCCUGGGUUUUUGCAUCCAUUUAUUUCUGAAAUAGAUCGAGAAUUUCAAAGGUUAAUUAGAGCACGUAGAGCUUUUGUAACUGAUCCUCAUUCAAGUGAUUCUGAUUCUGACCUUGAUAUUGAUUCUGAUUUUGUCGCAGUUUCUGAUAACAUGGCUGAAGAAGGACCGCGAGAGAGAACAUUAAGGGAGCUGGCUGCACCUGAUUUCACCUAUGAAAGCUUGUGUAUCCAGUAUCCUGAUGAUGUACCAUGUGUACUAAAAACUGGACUAAUCCAUUUAUUGCCUAAGUUUGGUGGUCUUGCAGGUGAAGAUCCUCAUAUGCAUAUCAAGGAGUUUCGUACUGUCAUAUCCACCAUGAAGCCUCCUGAAGUUGACAAAGAUCAUAUCUGUUUGAAGGCUUUCCCUCAUUCCCUUCAGGGAACUGCAAAGACCUGGCUGUAUAACCUGCCUCCUGCACCCAUUGCAAGCUGGGACGACCUGAAAAGAAAGUUUCUUGAGAAGUUCUUCCCUGCCUCUAGGACAAAUUCAAUCAGAAAAGACAUCUCAGGAAUCAGGAAGCUACAUGGAGAGACUCUACAUGAAUACUGGGAAAGAUUCAAGACACUAUGUGUGAGCUGCCCCCAUCACCAUAUUUCCGAGCAGCUCCUAGUUCAGUAUUUCUAUGAGGGUUUGCUCAACAUGGAGAGACAUCUCAUUGAUGCUGCUUGUGGAGGUGCAAUGAAUGACAUGACUCCUACUGAAGCCAGGCAGUUGUUUGAGAAGAUGGCUGCUAAUUCUCAGCAGUUUCACACAAGGAGUAAUGAUGCUGUUAAAACUGUUAAUGAGAUUGGGACAAAUCCAAUGAUGGACAAGCUUGAGAAGAGGAUGGAAACCAUUGCCAGCUUGGUUACUCAAUUGGCCAUGAACCAGAAUAAACCUUCACAACAGGCAAAGGUUUGUGGCAUUUGCACUAAAGACCAUAAUACUGAUGUUUGUCCUUCUCUGCAGGAACCUACAGAUGAGAAUCCUGAAGCAUAUGCUGCCAACAUUUUCAAUAAUCGACCUCAGCAAAAUUAUGAUCUGUCAUAUAACAGAUAUAAUCCUGGCUGGAGAAAUCAUCCAAAUCUUAGAUGGUCUGAUCAGUCACAACCUGCCCAAGAUAUGUUGAAGCAGAUGACAGCCCAAAACAUGCAGUUCCAACAAGACACCAGAUCCUCCAUUCAGAAUCUGACCAACCAGAUAGGACAGAUGGCUACUUCAAUAAACCAGCUACAGUCCCAGAAUUCUGAUAAGCUGCCCUCUCAGACGGUUGUCAAUCGAAGAAAUGUGAGCGCCAUCACCUUACGGUCGGGAAAGAAAAUUGAUGCAGAUCAUGGACUAGAGCAAGAGCCUGAACCUGAAAAGGAGACAGAGACCACUGCUACAAGAACCUUCCAAGUACAACCACCUUCCAUUCCUCUUCCAUUCCCUCCGAAAGCUAUGCCAAGCAAAAAGAAGGAAGAGACAGAUAAGGGAAUCUUGGAGAUAUUCAAGAAAGUGGAGGUGAACAUACCUCUACUUGAUGCACUCAAGCAAAUUCCAAGAUAUGCAAAGUUUCCGAAAGAAUUAUGCACUCAGAAAAGAAAGCUGAAAGGAAAUGAAAGAGUUCGCAUGGGGAGAAACGUUUCUGCAAUCAUAGGUAAAGCUGGUAAACCUGCUCCUGUUUCUGAUGUUUCUGAAAAGUUUGAGGAUCCAGGUAUGUUUUCUGUUCCUUGUGUCAUAGGUGAUACUAAAUUUGAAAAUGCCAUGCUAGAUCUAGGAGCUUCAAUUAAUGUGAUUCCUAUGUCUAUUUUUAAAUCACUUUCACUUGGACCUUUGAAACCUACGGGUGUUGUGAUCCAAUUAGCAAAUAGGAGCACGGCACACCCUGCUGGUUGGGUAGAGGAUGUUUUGGUUAGGGUUGGUGAAAUUAUUUUCCCUGCUGAUUUUUAUGUGCUUGAAAUGGAAAAAGGAUCUUCCCGUAAUACAGUUCCUAUCAUUUUGGGGAGACCAUUUUUAAAGACAGCCCGAACCAAGAUAGAUGUUUAUGCUGGUACACUGACUAUGGAAUUCGGUGAUAUUGUGGUUAGGAUAAAUAUUUUUGAUGCUAUGAAACAUCCACCUAAAGACUAUUCUGUGUUUCAUAUUGAUUUGCUUGAUGAAUUGCUUGAUGAUAUGCUUGAUGAACAUGAAUAUGAUUUCCUACAUGAUUCUGAUUUCCCUUCACUAACAGGGUCAUACACUUGUCAUACAUGUACUGCUACUGAAAUGUGUGAUUCUUGCAUUGAUCAAUUUUUGGACACUGUUGUUGUUGACUCAGAUGUUAAGAAAUCUGAUUGCACUAGCCCAGUUGUUGAAGUGCAGGCACCCGUAUUGGAGCUUAAGCCCUUACCAGAUAACCUCAAGUAUGCUUACUUGGAGGAUGAUAAGAAGCUCCCUGUCAUUGUUUCCUCAACCCUUCAUGAAAAUCAAGAGGAAAAUCACUACUGUUUUCUUGAUGGUUUUUCUGGGUACUUUCAAAUUCACAUUGCUCCUGAGGACCAAGAAAAGACCACAUUCACUUGUCCCUUUGGCACUUUUGCCUAUAGGAGGAUGCCCUUUGGCCCAUGCAAUGCCCCUGGUGCAUUCCAGUGGUGCAUGGUAAGUAUUUUUAGUGAUUUCUUAGAGAGUUGCAUCGAGGUAUUUAUGGAUGAUUUCACUGUUUACGGAUCUUCAUUUGAUACAUGUUUAGAUAAUCUGGAUAAAGUUUUGCAUAGGAUUAUUGUUUAUACUGACCAUGCAACUCUAAAGUUCCUGUUGAAGAAGGCUGAAUCAAAACCUAGGUUGGCAGUGGGCGGUCACUUUGGACCCCAAAGGACAACACGCAAGGUGCUUGAUUCUGGAUUUUACUGGCCCACCAUCUUCAAAGAUGCUUCAAGGAUUUGCAGCACUUGUGAGCCAUGUCAGAGAGCAGGCGGUACCAUUUCUUGGAGAAAAGAGAUGCCUCAACAGCCCAUGCUGUUUUGUGAGGUCUUUGAUGUCUGGGGUAUCGAUUUUAUGGGUCCUUUUCCUGUUUCUUUUGGUUUUUAUUAUAUUUUGCUUGCUGUUGAUUAUGUUUCUAAAUGGGUGGAAGCUAAGGCCACCCGGACUAAUGAUUCUCGAGUUGUUGUGGAUUUUGUUAGGUCUAACAUCUUUUGCAGGUUUGGCAUUCCUAGAGCAAUCAUUAGUGACCAAGGCACCCAUUUCUGCAAUAGGUCCAUGCAAGCUCUUCUCAAGAAAUAUGGGGUUGUUCAUAGAAUUUCCACACCAUACCAUCCUCAAACAAAUGGGCAGGCUGAGAAUUCCAACCGAGAGAUAAAGAGGAUCUUGGAGAAGACGGUCCAGCCUAACAGGAAGGAUUGGAGCACUACACUUGAGGAUGCUCUUUGGGCCCACCGUACUGCUUACAAAGCACCCAUCGGAAUGUCUCCAUAUCGCGUUGUCUUUGGUAAGGCAUGUCAUCUUCCCAUUGAGAUAGAGCAUCGGGCUUAUUGGGCUGUGAAGACUUGCAACUUGGCUCUUGAUCAAGCUGGUGGCGAAAGGAAGCUUCAAUUGAGUGAGUUAGAUGAGAUCCGCUUGGAAGCCUAUGAGAACUCUAAGUUCUACAAAGAGAAGACCAAAAUAUUCCAUGAUAGCUUGAUUUCCAGAAAAGACUUUUUGGUUGGACAACAAGUGUUGUUGUAUAACUCUAGGCUUGGCCUAAUGAGCGGUAAGCUUCGUUCUAAGUGGAUUGGUCCUUUUGUUGUUACUAAUGUGUUUCCUUAUGGUACUGUAGAGAUCAAAAGUGAAUCCACAGAUAAGAGCUUCAAAGUUAAUGGUCAUCGCCUCAAGCAUUUCCUCACUAAUCCUUCUCUUGUGGAUGCUACCAUGGAAGAUGUUUCCUUGGUUGUUUCCACCCUCCUCCCGCCAUGA